UGGAACACAUUCGUUCGAGAUCUAAACAUGACUAAUAUUGACAUUGGAAAUUAUAUUUUUUGAAGGAUUAAUUCUGUAACGAUCAUAAUAUAAAAAAUUAAGAAGAAAUGGCCAAGUAUUUUGGCAUAGAUCGAGCAUUUACUUUCUUAAAAACCAUUAAAGAUGCAGGGGGUAUUAAAGCAUCCCUCUAUAAACUUUAUAGAAUGGAUAGUUUAAGACCGGGAACGCUUGUUGGUACUGAUAAAUAUGGAAAUAAAUAUUUUGAAAAUCCUAAUUACUUUUAUGGUAGAAAUAGAUGGGUCGAAUAUGCUCCUUAUUAUGGUUUAGAAUAUGAUGGAAGUCAAGUGCCUGCAGAAUGGUUUGGAUGGUUACAUUAUAAAACUGAUUUAAUACCUGACAAAGAUCCUUUUAGGCCAAAAUACAAAUGGAUGGCAGACCAUACAGAAAAUUUAAGUGGAACACCAGGACAAUAUAUGCCUUAUUCUACCACUAGACCUAAAAUUGAAGGUUGGGUCCCACCCAAAUAAUUAUUUGAGUAUUUGUUUCGUAGUAUAUACUUACAUAAAAAUAAAAAGUAGAAAAUACA